AGCGCGAAUCAAAUGCGAACGCGCAGAAUCAACUGUAUACAACUGUUUGGUUUGUUUCGUUUUUGGGAGGAGCGAUGGAGGGAAUGGUGAAGAAGUAUCAGCAGAAGUUCAGGAAGGUUAGAGACGAAACAAAACGGUGGGACGAGCUUCAAUCUCGAUUGCUUUCGCAGUUCCGAAAUGCCUCUUCCAUCAUUGAGCGCUUGCAGGCGAUUCAAAAUUCCAAGAAAUACGGUACUUUGAAAUGCAUCGAUGGGAUCGGCGAUGCAGUGUUAAGAAAGCAGAUGGAGUCUUUGGAAACCAUUUUGCUCUCAUUGAAAAAGACUCUGAAAGAGUUUCAUGGUAUUGUUUCGUCUCUUGAGAAGAUAGUUCGAGAUGGUAGACAGCUAGUUAAGGGGGGAUCUGUCAAGCUCACCAUGAAACAACUGCAACAACGAAUUGGUGUAAAACCAAGCCUUGCGGAUUGCUUGGAUGGGCUUAGCCUUCUUCAUGAGAUGCACCAGUCUGAGUACCUUCUUAAAUCAUCAGUGGUUUCAGCACUUUCAACACUUACCUUAAAGCCCAGCGCCAGUGAUUUAGGUGCUCUCCAUCAGCUCUUAGUUGAUCAGCCCAACAUCCCCAAAGAGGAAGUGCAAUUCAUCUUUGACAUCGUAUUUGCUGAAGAAAUCUGCUGAUUCUCUCUAUAGGGUUGAUGAAAAACUUCUUUACCUUGCCAACCUGUGGGAUUAUAGAGCAAAAUGGAAACUUCAUUGGUUUUGAGGGGCCAUGGUCACAAAUGACUUCAAUUUUGGCUUCCUAGAGACUCCCUGGAUUCAUAAAGGGAAAUCGACAUAUUCAGUUUGGGAAACAUGAUGUGUCAAAUGGAUGCAGAUAAUCAAUUUCACUUGUACUUGGUUAUAAAACGAUCAGAUGAUGCAUGCCAAUCCCUGUAGAUUGUUCCCAUGUGCAUGAUGAUGGGGUAGUUUUGUCAUAAAACGAUCAGGCAGCGUAUAACACCCCCUUUAAUUGUUCGCAUGUCCAUGAUAGUGGGGUAGCGAUGCUUAGCUCAUUGUAUAAGAUCUAUCAUGUCUGCAAAUUUUAGCUUUAUACUGUUCCUUGGUUACAUGAUUGUUCAUCCUGACAUGGAAUAACUUUAGAUGGGUGACACAGAAUGAAGAAUGAUGUAUCAACAUUACACCUUCUUUAAACAUGCAUCCUUUUAUUUGAAUGUA